UCCCCUCACCACAUGGACGACAGUCUGUCACUCCGCCCGCGUGGUCUCUGUCCGCGCUCCGAGCGGACACUCUCUCUCUCCCACUCUCCUCUCCACCGCCUUCCUCUCCUCCUCCUCCUCCUCCUCCUCUCCCUAGUAAAUCUUGCUCUCCCGUCGCCGCUCCCCUCCCCUCAUCCACCAUGGCCAUGGCGUCUCUUCUCGAAGCCGGCUGGACGUAUCUGAUCACUCAUUUCAGUGAAUUUCAAUUGGCUACCCUGGGUACUUUCAUAGUACAUGAAAGUGUUUUCUUCCUUUCUGGGCUUCCAUCUUUAUGCUUUGAGAGGGCAGGUCUUUUCAACCAAUACAAAAUUCAGAAAAAGAGUAACACUCCAGAAGCGCAGGGAAAAUGUGUCAUGCGCCUAAUCCUCUAUCAUGUCUGUGUGAACUUGCCAGUUAUGAUCGUUUCUUAUCCUGCCUUCAGAUACAUGGGCCUGAGAAGCAGUCUUCCAUUGCCACCCUGGAGUGUUAUUCUAUCUCAAAUACUUUUCUACUUUAUCCUGGAGGACUUUGUGUUCUACUGGGGACAUAGAGUGCUGCACACAAAAUGGCUAUACAAGCAUGUCCACAGUAUUCAUCAUGAAUAUGCUACUCCAUUUGGAUUAACUUCUGAAUAUGCCCAUCCUGCUGAAAUAUUAUUUCUUGGCUUUGCAACCAAUGGUCCUGCUCUCACUGGUCCGCAUAUGCUCACUCUGUGGUUAUGGGUGAUAUUGAGAGUCCUGGAGACAGUUGAGGCUCAUAGUGGAUACCACUUCCCAUGGAGCCCUGCCAAAUUCUUGCCAUUAUAUGGAGGUGCGGAAUUUCAUGACUACCAUCAUCGUGUGCUCUACACCAAGUCUGGAAAUUACUCAUCAACUUUCAUCUACAUGGACUGGUUAUUUGGCACUGAUAAAGGUUAUCGGAAGCUAAAAGCACUUGAGGAGUGAGAAGGAAAAAUAAUAUUAAGUAGCGAGUUAUAUUUAGAUAUCCUGAACUGGUAUUAAAGCAUCUCAAUAAGUUUGAUGUGGUGUCCUCUUUUAGUGUCCGGUGGUGCAAGGAUAAGUGUCAAAAUUGUGUUAUGAACGAGUAUCAAAACUUAUGAGGAACUAUUUUAAGGGCUCUCAUCUCUCUUUGGCACCUUGUCGGAAUGUAGUUUCUAGUGUACUGAUGAAGGGCUGCAGCAGCUUUUUUCUUGAUUAGUGA